UCAUGUUGACCGCAAGGGCUGCUGUUUACUGUUCUUCUUCUUUUAAUAUAGUUCAUGUCUUUUACCACCACCGUUAUAUAUGAUGUGUAGAACCUUAGAACGCAAGACAGAGAAAGAGCGCGGAAGAGAUGGAAGCAGCGGCGGCGACGGAGGCGUCGGCAUCCAAACCAGUCAUCAGAGUUGCAGCCAUCUGCGGCUCCCUGCGCAAAGCUUCCUGCAACCGCGGCCUCAUUCGCUGUGCCAUUGAGCUCUGCAAUGAGUCUAUCCCUGGGAUGCAGAUAGAGCAUGUGGACAUCGAGCCCCUUCCCUUCUGCAACACCGACCUAGAGAUCGAUGGCAAGUAUCCUCCACCUGUCGAGGCCUUCCGACGCAAGAUCCUUGAAGCUGACAGCAUCCUUUUCGCUUCGCCAGAGAACAACUACUCCCUCUCAGCUCCUCUGAAGAAUGCUAUUGACUGGGCCUCUAGACCCCCAAAUGUUUGGGCAGACAAGACUGCUGCUAUAGUGAGUGCUGCAGGAGGCUCUGGAGGAAAACGCUCGCAGUACCAUCUGCGUCAAGUUGGAGUCUAUCUAGAUCUUCAUUUCAUCAACAAGCCUGAAUUAUUCAUUCAAGCAUCUCGGCCUCCAGUGAAGUUUGACAGUGAUGGGAAUCUGAUAGAUCCUGAAAUAAAGGAACGGCUAAAACGUGUCCUCUUGUCAUUACAGGCCUUUACCUACAGGCUGGGUCACAGUUCCUGAGAACUUUGUUGGAUUGUCACAAUAUUCUAAAAUAAGCUUCUCUAUUGUAUUUGAUGUGGGUGUUCAUUUUUGGAACAAUUCAGAUUGGUAUUUGAACUAUACUUUCAGAGUCUAUGACAUAAGGUAUAGACUUGGCACGCCGAACUACCAAAACUAGUUGUUGCUGACUGUUUGAAUCUCAGUCUCUCUUAUGCUUGCCAGUCAUGUAUAAUCUUGCAAUGUCAUUCUCUAAGUGGAUUGUUCUUGUUCCAAGGUUUUUUAUU